AUGGCCUCUCUCUUUUCCCCUUUCUACUCUCUUUUAACCGUUACACCUGAGUCUUACCACCACGGUCAGGAAACCAGAGACAAUUCUCCUUCACAAAUAGCUUAUAGUAGCAUAGUAUUGCUGAAGAAACUGGGACUAUGUUUUCUGAGUGCUGCAUAUGUGUGCAUGGUUCUAUUUUUAGUUCUGAUUUUAGCUUCUGUGGUGGGUGUAGGGUUGGUUCGGUUUUGGGUUGAGGAGCCUCUGAUUGUUCAUGAACGUUUGCAUUUUGAUUACACUGAAACUCACCCUUCAGCUGUUUUUUCGUUUACUGGUGGAGUUAGUGCUGGUGGAGGAUAUAUUAAGAAAAAACACGUACGUGUUCCAGUUGGUCACACAUUUUCUGUUUCUUUGUCACUCUUGAUGCCCGAAUCUGACUUCAACAGAGAGCUUGGAGUGUUUCAGUUGACAGCAGAACUUGUAUCAGUAAAUGGAAAUGUGAUGUCAAAAUCAAGCCAGCCAUGCAUGUUAAGGUUCCGAAGCUCGCCGAUUCGGCUGGCGAGGACAGUUAUGAUGGGUGUGCCUUUAGUACUAGGAAUCUCAGCUGAGACACAGAAAAUCAAUUUAGAAAUACUAAGGCACAAGGAAAUGAAUCAAAGAAGCAGUGCUGUAAGAUUAACCCUUCAUCCAAGAGCAGGAACUUCAUCUCUUCCACAGCUAUACGAAGCUGAAAUUGUUCUUAACUCUCACCUACCUUGGACAAAGGAGUUACUCAGGAAUUGGAAGUGGGCUUUAUAUGUUUGGGUUUCAUUGUAUGUGUACGUUUUGCUACUCAUGAUUCUCCUAUGUUUCUAUAGGCCACUCAUAUUUCUAGUCACACCAGAGUCUUUCAGUAGUCAUAGGGUGAGUGAAGGUGUGACAAAUGAAGAACUUAAAGAGUUACAAGAUGGAGAGUUAUUGGGUGAUGAGAGUGAUGUUUCUGAGUUGUUGAGGAAAUUGAGAGUUAGCAGAAGUAAUAGAAAGACUAUACUAUCACAUGGUGGUGUUGGUGUGGAAGAAACAGUAGGCUCAUCUGCUUCAAGCAUUCUCUUGUCUGCUACUAGAGAAGAUGUAACUAGUGUUGAUGUGGAAGAUGAUGUUGAGGAUUCUGAAUCAGUGUGCAUUGAUUAG